AGUGUCAUGGCAUUUUAUCUAAUACCGGCUCUAAUUAGUCUAUUUAAGCUAAAGGCAUUACGUCUUAUUUGCAUAACAAAAUAGAUCUAAUUUAUCAUGGUUAUUUGUAUCUCACAUUCUCACGUCGGAAACUACUGGUGGUUGCCGAUUGGUGAAUUUAAUAUUAUGCUAUCAUUAGUCUGUGUUAACCCAAGUUCUAGGCAAGUGGUGAAGGUGAAAGUAAACUGUAAAAGGUAAAAGUAUCAGAAAAUACUAUUGCUGUCGAUUAUACUCUUAUAGCCUCAUACAGUCAUAUCCAACCUAUGUAUAAUAUUGGUAUAAUCAAGUAGGUACAUCAUAUUACGAUAUUCUUAUAAAAGUCAUUUUGUAGUAGAAAUAUCUAAAUUUGUCAGGAUGUCUACAAUAUUAGUAAUUUACGAAGGAUCAGUUCAGAUAAUUUCAUUUAAUCGUCCAAAUAAACUAAAUGCCAUAUCAUUUCAGUGCUACAAUGAAGUGACUAAAGCUCUCGUAGAAGGGGCUAAAAAUGAUUCUGUUUUCCUUACUAUAUUAACUGGUGUAGGAAAAGCCUAUAGUAGUGGUACAGACUUAUUUGAUAGUUCUGUUAAAGAUAUUGAAGAUCGUUUGAUUGCAACACGAAACUUUGUAAGAGCGUUCAUAGAUUAUCCAAAGCUAUUAGUUGCAUUAGUGAAUGGUCCAGCAGUUGGCAUUGCGUGUACUACGUUAGGACUGUGCGAUCUUGUUUAUGCAACUAAAACAGCGACAUUUUCAUGUCCUUUUCACAGAUUGGGUAUUACUGCUGAAGGAUGUUCAAGUAUUACAUUUCCAUUAAUUAUGGGCAAAACUAGGGCCACUGAAUUUUUGUACUCUGGUAAGACAUUGAAUGCUAUUGAUGCACAGAAGAUUGGCUUGGUCAAUGAAAUUAUCAAUGACGGAAUUAAUGGAAGAAAUCAAUUAAUUAAAAAAAUCACAACUGAAAUAGCUUUGUAUAAAUUGCCUAUAGUGUACACAAAAUCAAUGAUGCUGAAUGGUGUGAUCUCUAAAGAUGAACUGCACAAAGCUAAUGAUAGAGAGAUUGAAAGACUGAUAGAAAGAUUCAAUUCAGAUGACUUUCAAAAUUCUAUUGCUAACUAUUUUAAACAAAGAAUGUUAAAGAAUAAGUUAUAAAGUAUUCCUUAAGAAAUAUGUAUCUAUAUGAUUGUUCAUAGUGAUUUAUGUAUUUCAAACAAUUUCUAGCAUUUACUUUUACAUCACAUUAUGAUCAAUUUAUUAAUUUAAAAAAAUUGGUUACAAUAUCAUCACCUGUUAAUUAUUAUAGUUACUCUUUUAAGCUUUAAUCGAAUAUAUUUUUUAAAAAUAACAA